AAGCGCACAAUGGCACCCUUAAAACAUCAUGAAACUCUGAAAAUAGUCCUCGCAAACAUCAAACAAAAACACCCCGUCUUUCUUUCUGUGCUCUAUCACUGAGCUUCAAUGGUGAGCAAUACCAACAACGGAGAUGUCCUGAUGCUAGAGGCUCCACCGGAUGCCUCCCGCCCAUGGAACGCAGAAAUCAUCGACGCAUUACCGUACAUCGACGACGACUACGGUGAUUCCAGAGUCAAAGACGAGGUCGACCGCAUGGUCGAGCAAGAGAUGCGUCGUAGCUCAAAAAAGCCCUCUGACUUUCUCAAAGACCUGCCUCCUCUCGCCAAGUUUAGUUUCCAGAAUCAUCCUAUGCUUGCAAAAGAGUACGAGCGUGUAAGAGCUGGGAAGCCGCCUGGGAUUCUUGAUACAACACGGUAUCAAUUGGAAAUGCUGCCUGUGAAUAAGAGAAACGAUGAAUCUGCUUGGAAGCAGGUACUUCAGAAAGCUCAGCGCUUGUCGCAGCAUCAAGUGAUCAGGCUGGAAAACUUGGAGUUGAUGUCUAAAUACGGUCCUGAUGUCUGGAAGCAGCACAACCAACAAUUGGAAGCAUUCUUAUCCAGAAUGCAAAGAUUAGCACAUGAACAAAAUGAAAAGAUUGAAGCCGUAAACCGUGAAAGAAAAUACCACCAGCAAAACAGUGCAUAUGAGCUUAAUGCUUUGUCCAUGCAAUGGAAGGAGCUUUGUGCAAAAAAUAUAGAAAUCCAAGCUGCAUGUGCUAAAAUUGAAAGUCAGAUAGAGGAAUUGAGGCAAGAAGCUGCUGAGAGAGGUUGGAACUUGGAUGUUGAUAUGGACAAAGGUUCUUUGUCGCAAUAAGGAUGGGUCCCAUAGAAAAGUUGAGUUCAAGUAAAGUGGUGCAUAACCAAGAAAUGGUUGCCAUUUUCCAUCCAUCAUUCUGCAGUUUUGGUUCGUUAUGGAUUCCUAGAAGACCUUAGGUACAAGAUUAGCUACUUUUAGUUCUAUUUUUGGUUCUUUGGUGAGCUCUGUUCUCACCAUUAACUCAAAAAAGAAAAAAAUCUUUAUGUUAAAGUGAAUUUCACCAUGUGAAGUCAAAAUGCAGAUGUGUAAUGAGUAGGAAACAUUAGCUCAUUUAUCAUAUGGUUUAUGGUCUUUGUGAUCUAAUUUGAUUAGAAGAAAUGUCAGUUUAAUUGUUUGGUUUGGACAAUGGUAACCUGGUGUUCCAACUGGUAUUGAAAUAAUAUUUUUGGAACUUGUUUCACCUGGUCAAGGAUGGUGAAAAUCA